AUGGGGAUCAGCGGAUUUGAGAUUGGAUCGCAUAUAGGGGAGAAGAGCCUGAGCGAUAAGGAUUUUGAUCCACUGUAUAAGGUGUGUGAAGAUCUGAACGUGGCCCUAUUCAUCCAUCCAUGGGAUAUGCACAUGUGGGAUGGACGUCUCCAGAAAUACUGGAUGCCCUGGCUCGUCGGAAUGCCUUCUGAAACUGCCCAAGCCAUUGUUAGCGUCCUAAUGGGCGGCGUCCUGGAACGCUUCCCAAAACUACGACUCUGUUUCGCGCACGGUGGAGGAUCUUACCCCCAAAUCCGUGCCAGAUGCGGCCAUGGCUAUCGCGUCCGUCCCGAUCUUUGUGCCAUGGAUUCGACCUUGGCGCCGGAUCACCAAGAUAAGCUGAUCUGGGCUGAUUCGUUGGUGCACGAUCCGAAUGCGUUGCAGCUGUUGCUGUCGUUUUUGCCUAAGGACCAAGUCUGUCUCGGAACUGACUACCCAUUUCCAUUAGGGGAACUGGAAGUUGGAAAGGUAAUUGAAGACAGCCCAUUCCUCUCCGACACCGACCGCGAUACCCUUCUUUGGGGAAGUGCCGUCAAACUGUUCAACCUCGACGAAAACAAACUAUCCAACAAACCCUUC